AUGGACAGCGCGGGACUCCGACAGAAAUGCAAUUCUGUCUGUCUUGAGACCAGCUUGCGAUCGGCAUGUAAAGCAAGCUGGCUGGCUGCGAGCUGUCAUACAGCCCUGUUGACGCAGGCGCUGCGAAACACAUGCCCGUGGCCAUGCUCAGAUGGGCCACUUUCACGAUCGUGUGCCAGCAACGACAGGGCUGACAAGAGUGCAAGCAAGCCGAGAGCGCCUGGGAUGGACUCUGGCCGUCGCGUCACGAGACAGGCCGGCUCUGGCAAGGCCGGAUUGACAAGCAAGACGCCAGAAGACAGAGGCAUCGGCAGCAACGAGGCCCUCGCAACAGUGGGCAGCAAUGCCGACGACCCGGCGAAGCCUAGACGCUCUCCGCGCACGCGAGUCGCCGAGACAUCUACGGGCGGUCUGGACAAGCUGUUGACGGGCAGGAAUGAUCCAGAGGCUAUUGCCGAAACGAGUGUUGCUAAUACAGUCGCCCUUCCACCGGCCUCCAUUCCUGUCGAACAGCCGUCGGAAGAGCCAGAGCAGACAGCGCAAGCACUUCGUGCUCUCGUCGAUCCGACUUGCGACGAACGGACAGCUCAGCCAAGACGCGCAUAUGAGCUUGUUCUGAUUCAAGAGCCUCGUCGAGGUGCAGCGAUCGGCAUCAGGAGAUCUUCGCAGAGCAGAGUGCCCAUACUGCCAACGCCGAUCCUCCGUCUGUAUGUGCGCGAGGACGGCGAGAGAUUGCCUAUCACGGAAGUAAUCGACGAGUUGCAGUAUGUCAUCUGCCAUUGUGCCCUGCUUGACGCGGACAACGACGAGGAGCCAAUCGAUCUCGCUAUUGAUCCAAUGUCGAAUCAACCUCGUCGAAUGCUGCUCGGUCAGACGGUCUCAACAGCACAGCUUGCUGAGGCCGUCGAUGGAGAGCAAGGCGCUUUCUUUGUCUUCUUUGAUCUCGCCAUCUUGCUGCCAGGUCGAUACCGCUUGCGCUUCGCUCUUGGUCAAGCCCUGCCAAAUUCUGCAGCGCUCGCACAGACGAUCACAGAUGCAUUCGAGGUCGGCUCGCUCGCAGAGUAUCCCGGUCAAGAAGGCAUGACGACCGAGCUCGAUCGACACCUGGCACGACAAGGCGUGACGACCUAUGUGCGCGCGCUGGAGGACGUUGCAACGCAAGCAAUCGCACUUGUAGAGGAGUAG